GGAGGAUUUAAAGAGGGAGAAGUUUGAAGAUCAGCCUCGAGGCUUUUCAAGUUAUGUUCAACUUUGCCUUGUCCGUUCAGAAAAUACAGUAUAAAGUAUAUGAACAUAGCACCUCCAGUUUAUUGUGCAAAGGCCAUUUAAAUUGAAGGCUUGUCGGAGUUGGGAAAUUAUUUUUUUCUUCCCUGACUGUGAGCAUCCCUGUAAGUAGCAAGGGAAGCAGUGAAACGUGAGCACGGAGGGGAAAAAAACCUACAAAAAACGGGUGAACCACAUUCUGGUAGCUGUUCUCCUUCGCAAGAAGCGUUGCCGGCUGCCGGAGUUUUGCAACUUCUCACUUGGAAAGGAAAUGGUCAGACGGUUGAACUUUCCAAAUGUUUGCGAAGAGGACCCACUUGGUAUGAGCUGCCGGGCGGACAGAGGGCUUGACAGCCCGGACUCCGGUUUACCACCUAGCCCAAGUCCCAGCGCUUGGCUGCUGCCUCAGGACAAAGCCCGCGGCGUGAGCCCGGUACCGGAGGACGAAAGAAACGGAUCGCGGGUGUCAGAUUUGCCCUCUGGUUCCUUUCACCCUUUGUCCUAUGGGGAGGGAAUCAUUAUUGACUCUUUACCUCCUCAAGAAGUAAGAUACACCUCCUCAGUGCACUAUGACUCUGGCCGCCACUUCAUUCAGAAUGUGGCCCUGCAACCGUGGGGUCAGGGCCUGGAGCACUGCACGCAGACCAUCACAGCCGUGUCCCACAGCACCUGGCGUCAUUAUAAGACACAGCUGGAUUUCCAGCCCCGGCAUCGGCCACAAAGUUUUACAAGCACCACCAUCAUCUACCCAAAGAAAAUGAGCGCUGUGUACGCCACAGAGCUGAGCUACGACCGCCACCGACGAGGCAAUCGUUUCCUCUCCAGCAUCGAGUUGGAGGCAGCAGGAAGCCACUUCAGGAACACAGAACAUGUUAUUCCGGUCACUCCUGUCCUAUAACGUACCCCUUUUGGCUGUCUGUCGCUGACCCAGCUGUGUUGUCUUCACAUUUGAGUCGUUACUUAACUUCAUGUUAUUUUUAAUGACAGAGAACAGAGACAUAGUCUAAGCUAGAGGGAACACCUAUUCAUUCAAUGUCUUCCCAAUUUUCUCAGUGGAUGAGUCAUCCAUUAGAAAUGAUCUUUUUACUAGUUUCUCCAUAUACUGUAUCUGUCUCGGUCUUUGUGUUUUUGCGGCCCUCGCCCAGUGGAGGCUAAUGACUUGCCCUCCAUCUAAGGCUCCCAUCAAAUUGUCACUGCUGAUGUUUAACAUUUUUAAUGAGCGCAAAGACUGUUACUAGUUAAUGAAAGGAAGAGAAAUUCACUGUUGUGCAGGGUUUGUGAUGCAUGCAAAGAAAUCACUCGCUGAAGAUAACCCCACUGUACAAAGGAUACUUAGGGAUUAUUAUUAUUAUUUCUUCACUAAAUUAGCACAAAUUAAGAUCUUCCCAGCCUAUAUUAUAGACAUUAACAAAUGUGUUAUAUUAAUGUGGGUGGAUUAGAUGGAACAUGAGUCUUAAAGUGACAAAUACAGUAUUGUUGAUACCUCUCACUGGCCUACCAGUGAAAAGUAACACACUGCAUUCCACUUCAUUGCAUUUUCUAUGGCAUUUGAAUGACAUUUUGUAUUUAUUCUUUUAACAUUUGAGAUUUUAUCAUCUAAUAAAUUUAUUGUGUCACUAAUUCAA